AUGGAUUUGCUCGCUAAAUUAUCGUCACCCGCUGUCCAGCAGAAGUACAUCGACAAGAUCCGUCAGGAGAUAGUGACGCGGGCCUGGGAGGUUGCAUAUAACGAACAAACUCAUCCGAAAUACCAGCCAUUGGAGGAGAUCAUAAAUGCGACUGUCGGGACCUCGAUAACCGUUUCCCAAGCGUGCUGCGAACUCCUCGAAGAUCUCGUCCGGAAGGGUCUUGUCGACGCAAAGUUCGCAUCUCGCCAGCUUCAGACAGCUUUGUUUUGCGCCCUAGAUUCGACGAACUCGGUGACCCUCCACACGGCAUCAGCUCUCUCGGUUUUACCUUACAUCCUACCGAUUACUUCGUUCUCUCAUCCCCUCCUACUCCUUCUCAACGAAUAUUCCUCAACAUGGCCGCAACUACUCAGCCUAUUGGAGGCGGCGUUGCGCCAGGCACCCGAGAAUCCUGGGAUGAGAUGCCGAGUCUUGCCGCUCGAAGAAUACAAAUUCAUCAUAUUGCACACGCUCUUAAGACCCGAAUGGCCACUGGAGCAUUCCCAGCUCAGACUCAGGGCUAAUUCAUUGCUGUUGAAGAAUUAUGACAAGAAUCGGAACUUGAUACAACUCUAUACUUCGUGGCUUCCGAGCCCUUCGAACCAUCAACUCGAAGCGGGGCAACUUCUAGUGGAUAACCUGACGAGAGUGAAAACUCUCGAAGGGCUCUUGAGGGCUCUGGUUUUCCUUAAUGACGUCGCAUCGAAAAAUCUGGAUUUUUCCUUCGUCGUCCAUGCCGCGAUCGAGAUCGCCGAAGAGAUCGAGGAGUGCACAUCGCAUUGUGCUCUGACGCUUCUAAUGAGCUCCUUGCUAGUCUCCUGUGGCCUAUUUUAUUGUGAGCUCCUCCUGGAUCUCCUGGGGAUACUUAUCAGGCGGCGUUUGCUUGUACAAAGCCAUCACCUCACGAUCGCGGUCCCGGUUUCCGCUGUCGCUGAUAGCCAUCGAGCUCGACAACUCCUCGCGAGCCUCGGGGAUCAGACCGGAGAGCCCGUCCGACUGGCUUGCAGGAUUCCUUUACCGGGAAAUAUACUGAUAGAGUCAUUCGUUGCAUCGAGCUCCUUGAAACCCGGCCCCCUUCCUUGUGGCAUAUCCUGUGACAUGAAAGCAUUACUCCUCGCUGGGAAAAUCGUGUCCUGUCCAACUGAAGACUUGCUCGGAUGGCUUGAUCAGAUGGAAUCCUUCGCCAAGGAAUACCCUGAGAGCUCAUGUAUGGCAUUCCACGCAAUCAGGAUCCGCGUUGAUUUGUGCGAAUCACCGAAAAUGACUGACCUGCUCGUUAAAAGCCUUCCGCGAAUCACGAGAAAUCGGAUUUCGGCAACUCUCUUGCGAGACUUCUUGGUUUGCCUCAUGCAAAGACCGAGGCUAUAUUGUACCGCUCUGCGGGUCUUGACCUGCUUGUAUUUGCGCUUCGACAGCCUGUGUUUCCCGGCGCUUCUCAAAGGCAUCAAUUCACAAGGGGACCCUCAGGCGGCCUGGUCGACCGCGAUGACCAAAGCCGUUUGUAUAAACUCCGUCGUCCAGCACAGUCCUCACCUUCACGGACGCGAUCUGCUUGCACCGCUGUGCAGACUGCUAGCCAUCAGUUCGUCUGAAGCUUCCUCAGUUCUCUUGUCGGCCUUCGAAAGUUUCAGCUUCCUGAUCAGUGAAGACAUCCUCGAUUUUUCAUCUUUCGUGAAGCACUUUUCAGCCUUGGAGAGGGAUCCUAGACUUCUCGUCAGGGCCGGAUUCUUCAAACUUUUCGGUAUAUCGAUCUCUGCUCCGCUUCCCGACGAUUCGAAUUGGCAAUCAUGCGCUCGUGGUAGCCGUUGCGUUGGUCCUGCUCGUGAUACACCCCUCAAGGAAUCGUAUAAUUUCCAAGGUCUGGCUGCUCGGUCGAACCUGCCGUCCGCGAAAAUCCUGAUCUACGAGAAAAAGCUACUUUCGACGCUCUUCUCGGAGGAUGAAGACUCCGUAGUCAGGGGCGCUUGCCUCGAAGCCCUGUCUUCAUUCAAGGAGAUCCCUGUGAGCGCUUUACCCGCACAGGCGCUUUCGAGUUUUUUUGGGGACGAAACGACAUUGGCGGAAUCCGCCGACCCUCUUGUCCCCAUGGCAUUUUUCCUGGGUCUCGCGCGGGGUUGUGAAGCGGAUUCAACGAUGAGGAAAGCUCUCCGCACAUUUGCAUCGACGCUCAUCCGUGAAGAGGUCCCCAAGCUACCGAGGAACUUAAUCGUUCAUAAAGAAAUCCGCGGUCGACGCGACGUGGAAGAUGCGACACUCGCUCAAAUUCCGAGGCUGCAACAGAGCUUUUUCCAUCAAGCGAAUGAAAUAAAGCCCCAAGUCGCAGUGGGACUUCUGUUGACGUAUAAUCCACCCGUAAAAACUGACCAAUUCGGACGGCCCACGAAGAUUUCGCUAGUUCAGCAUUCGAACUCCUUUCGAGUGAUGCUCAAGUCUUUGCUUGAGUCUGCUCCUUUGCUCAAUGGAGACGACUGGCUAAUGUCUUUGAGUGUAAUGCAGCAAUGGCAUCCUUUGAUCAAAAGGGGUUUCGAAUCCUUCACCAAUGGACACAAAGCUGAACGCGAGAGCAACGACGCCGCAUUGGUGAAUGCUUCGCUGUGGGCUCGCGAUGAGUUGUGUGAUAUCUUGGCCGAAAUCGAUUCUACGAACUGUGUCAUCGCAUUCUGCUCGCUGGUGGCUGUCGUCGCCGAUUUCGACCAGAGCUUGAAUUUCAAGGAGCGUCUCAUCAUGGAACAGAGUAAAAGCUACGUCAGUCACACAAUUUGGCUCAAGCGAGCCCUUACCAGUCUCCUGCAGAUCCUGAAAGGCGUUCCAGUCGAUGACGCCUACUUCGUUUCGACACUAGCAAAUUUCACGAAAAGCGCGGCUGCGACAGACAGGGCGAUCUCAGCGCUGCUGUUCUCCUGUCAUCACCUCAUUCCGAUGCUCCAAACUCGAAACCUCUUGCAUGAAGUCCUCUCAUACUUCACCAUGAGGGUCUCUGCGAGCCAGGAAUUCAUGGUGGCCGUUGGAGCCGGACUCAUGAUAGAGCAGUUGGCGGUCAAAGGUCUUGUCGAGCUGGCAGAGAAUAUCCGAAUGAAGUGCAAUGCUGUCCUGUCGCAUUACGAGUCGAAAGCGUUCGUUGACGGAAAAGUAUCGAGUCCGUGCUACCUGAUAGGGCUGACCCUGUCAUUCUGUGGCUUGUGCUCUCUGAAGUCCUUCUCCACGACAACGCAGUCCUUUUGCGCAAAACUGAUUCGACUUCUGAGAGAAACCGUACCCCACGACGAUUUCUUCGAUCAGAUCGCGCUAUGCGGAUCGCUCAUUGUGGCCAAUGCGUGCAACUACGUCCUCUCGGAGAAAUCACUUGAAGAUCUAGCGGCGUGGCUUACUCAGAACCGAGCCGAGUUUCAACAGAGUGAAGGAAUAGCCAUCGCCUUGGGAAUAACGCUGAACGCCAUGGCCAUUCAGGAGGAGAUCCGUCAAGUAGGUUCGAAGCCUGUCCAUGCAGGAGCCCAGUUCGGGCGCGACCCUCUCAUUCGCAAAGGAUCUCGAUGGAAUCCCAAUUCUGAGCUCCUAUCUCCUGUAUUCCAGCUCCCGGAGCGAAAAGGUCAGAAACUCGUCGAGGCUCUCGUGACGAAAAUCUGGCUACCCGUCGUAGCGAACGCUCAAGAGGCAACCCCCAACAAGAAAGCCGCCGUGAAAGGGAUCGCAGCCCUGACAGGAGCCCUCGGUCAUCUGUUCGUGCAGAGCACAGACUACAAAGACGUGUCUCUGGACUGCAACUCGGUCCUGUCCCGGGAUGUGACAUCAUCCUUGUUAGAAUCGAUGAUUCGCGAUCUCAACUCGACAGCGCGACCAUUAGAGCUCAAGGGACAUCAUAUAUGGACCCUGGGUCUCUUCCAUCAAACACUGUCUCGUACAUUCAAACAGGAAGCUGUAUUCCCCAAGUCCAUCGAGCUGAAAAACUCAAUGCUGGCGGAAAUUCUGAACAAUGGUCCAAAAGAGAACUUCCCCACCGACUUGUACAAUGCGCUCGGACAGAAAUUUGAAGGCCCGCUCCCCUGUUUCUCAUGGAGUUCCUUCGAGCCGCUCUUGAGAACACCGGUCUGCGUCGAUAUCGUCCGUCUUUGCGUUUACAACUGCAAAGCGACGCCGAGUCUGGUGCCUCUAUUGGAGACUGCUAUAAGUGGCACCUUACUCUCCAGAUAUGAGGAUCCUGUCAAGGACUUCCUGAUGGAUAAUGUGUGCACCGUGGUCGAAGUCUGCAACGUUGCCAGAGUCGGCGCGUGCCUGACCAUGUUCAGAGAUAAAAGACUCCUAAAUGAUGAUGCGGAAAUUUCUGAGGAGGCUUGGAAGAUGCUGGUAGAGUAUAUGGAGAACCCAUCUUCGAGACCAGCAUCGAUUUCUCUGCUGCUCGAGCUGGUAUGCUACGCCGUGCCGCUCACGAAAGCCCGCUUCUUUGUAGCGUCUUGUCUCGUGAAACUUCGAGAUUCGAUGCUCAGAGAUGCGAUUCUGCGGAAUCUGAAAGCGAAACCUAGUCUCAAAAAAGCUCUCGAGUUGCGGAUGAAGCUCUGCGGAGCUUUGGACAUAAACUCGGCAGAGAACCCGUUCUCCGAGAUCGAACUCAUGGGAGACACACCAUUCCGGGAUUUCGUGUCCGAGUGUGCAGCAGUCAACUGUUACGCGCCCCCGAUCGACAAUUCUGCGAAGUGGUUGCUGGAAAUCUUGCCCAAGAACGCUAUCAGUCUUCAAGGGUUGGCGCUGCUAUCCUUGAUAUCAAUGCUGACUUCGGGCGAGGGCGUAGUCACAGCGUACUCUGAGGAAGACCUGGUAGCACUUCUCCCGUACCAAAUGGAGCAAUUGGUUCACAGCAAAGUUUGGGGGCUGACCGCCGCCGAGAAGCUGUUUGAGUGGAUGGUCUCAAUCCUGGAAAACACGGCGGCGUCGAGCGAAGUAUAUUGGGCUCUGUACAGAACACUGGUAUCACUUCGUCACUGCCAAGCCUUCAAGUCAGGGAAACUUUGGACUCGUGCAGUUCUUCUGCAAGCUCCUACAGUGUGAUAUCGCUGACGAAGAAUCGACACCCGGAAAACUUCGGAUGGAAAUCAUGGAGCUCGAUGGCUUCCUCUCUCGGAUCACCGAUUCUUCGAAUGUCAUGGAUACCGUCGCAGCGAACAGACGAAACGAGCCUGAUAGCACUCGAAACUUUGACAUAAUUUAUUAAA